CCUACAAAUACCGGUGCCUGUGCUGCUUCUUUCUUCACCAGCUACAAGAGGAAGCAGAGAAAUUCAGAGGAUAGAUUAAUCGUAAGAGUAGAAGAAUUCUGCAGCUUGCGGCUAUGGCGACCAAGAUCUACAUCGUGUACUACUCGACCUAUGGGCACGUCGCGACGCUGGCGGAGGAGAUCAAGAAGGGCGCUGACUCCAUCGCCGACGUCGAGGUCACCAUCUGGCGAGUGCCGGAGACUCUGUCGGAGGAGGUGCUGGGGAAGAUGUACGCUGCGCCCAAGCGUGAGGACAACCCCGUCAUCACGGCAAGCCAGCUGGCCGAGGCCGACGGCAUCCUCUUCGGCUUCCCCACGCGGUUCGGCAUGAUGGCGGCGCAGAUGAAGGCCUUCUUCGACUCCACCGGCGGCCUCUGGCAGUCCGGCGCCCUCGCCGGGAAGCCCGCGGGCGUCUUCUUCGCCACCGGCACCCAGGGCGGCGGCCAGGAGACCACGGCUCUCACGGCCGUCACGCAGCUCACGCACCACGGCAUGCUGUUCGUUCCCGUCGGGUACACGCACGGCGCCGGCAUGUUCGCCAUGGACGAGGUCAAGGGCGGCAGCCCGUACGGUGCCGGCACCUUCGCCGGCGCGGACGGAAGCAGGCAGCCCACCGCCGCGGAGCUCGCCUUGGCGGAGCACCAGGGGAAGUACUUCGCCGGCAUCGCCAAGAAGCUCAAGGCCUGAAGUCUCGUCACCAUCCGCACAAUAGGCCAGUUGCGCUGCGCAUCACGGCAACCCCGUCAAGUGGUGCAAAAUUAUCUUUUUUUAUGUUUUAUCCAGCAAGCAAUUAUGUGGAGUACUGCUUAUUGUCUUGUUUUUUAGAUGGGUUAUUUUUGUCUUUUUUGACAAGGACACUACCUGCACACGGCAGCACUUUGUACUUUAUUACAUUCUAAUAAAAAUAUGGAAGAGUCGGCAGGCCAA